UUUGCUCGAAAGACUUGCGUGUCGGAGGGAGUUCCGUUUGGCGCCCUCGGAGUUUUGUGUGUGCCCUUCGUUACAAAGUUCGGUACGCGCGCGCUCUAUAGGAGUUGUGUUGUGUGGUGCAGUAGUUUUAUUGCUCUUUAGAAUGUUAGGAUGUUGCUAUUGCAGCAAUUAAUCGCAACAAAACAGGUGGCACAGAUCACAGGAACCCGUGUUUAAGUGUGCAAAUACAGAAAAGGAACGAUCGUGCAAGAUUGCUUUUCGUUGUGCGAUGUGAGAUCUUUCGUGCAAAAGUGUAGUGAGCAGUGAGCCUUUGUGAGGAGCGUGUGGAAGAAGCGCUCAACGUGGAAACAAGUAAAAGAGAGAGAGAGAAAAAAGGGAAAAUUACAAGAACGUGGUCUUCGAAGAACCAAACUCGAAAACGAAGGGUCCGAAAGCGAACGAGUGACGGAGAAUUUUACACAAAAAAAGAGGCAACGCUAAAGAUCGUACAAGCAGGUCCAGACUUGUGAGGUUCUUUCUUAUGAUUAUGCUCAAUACAGUCUUGCUCGAGACGAUGCUGUUUUGGUGAAGACGUCGAGAGAGAGUGGAAGUGAGAAAGCGCAAGGGAAGAACAUCAUUAAACAUCCCAAACUCGCCGGAACAGGGUCGAGGAAAAAAGCAACGUUAGCUGCAGCGUCGGUCAUCGCGCCCGACGUCCGUCUCGAGAUCGUCUGAGGGAGGUUGAAUUUUUUUUUUUGGAGGGAAAUAACUGUGCCGUCUAGCAACGACGCUAACGAGUGCAACGAGAGUCUCAUCUGGAAGGCUAUUAGCAGCGGGUUACGGGGUUUUUUUUAUGUGGCCCAAGCUAGAAGGAGCCUAGGCUAGCGGGCAUGGUACACCCCAAAUCGUCACCAUGGAGUUGUUAGUGUGAAGUCAUCGUCUCGUGAUCGCGUUGGAAAUGCAAUUACCAGUGAGGCAGUGGAUCGUUAUUGUGUAAGAUUUGGGGCUCAACUAGUGUGCGCGAGUGGGUUGAAGUGCAAACGAUACAAGUUUUAAACGGUUUUAUAGUGAAAAGAAGUAUAGAGAGCUUUCCAAAAAUGGCACUACUGCCCAGUGUGUUGUGUGCGGUGAUCGCACUGUCGCUGCCGGUACGGCCAACGGUUGCUACAAACACGGAUUUCUCCACCCAACGGACCUGCGAACCGAUCCGGAUCGAGCUGUGCCGUGGCAUCGGGUACAAUGAAACGUCCCUGCCCAACAUCGUUGGGCACGAGCUACAGUCCGAUGCUAACUUCACGCUGCAAACGUUCUUCCCGCUGAUCCAGUUCGGAUGUAGCAAGCAGCUAAAGUUCUUCCUGUGCGCCACCUACGUCCCCAUGUGUACGCCCAAGGUGUCGAUGCCCAUCGGGCCCUGUCGAAGCCUCUGCAACACGGUCAAGAAUCGGUGCCACCCAAUCCUGCAAGGGUUCGGGUUUCCGUGGCCCUCGGCCCUGGACUGCAAUCGGUUUCCGGAGGAGAACAAUCACGAGCACAUGUGCAUGCAGGGGCCGGGUGAACCGGCCGAGGGCGAGGUGCUCGUGUCGGAUCGCCCCUCCUGCCAGGGCCUGCAGCGAUCCAACCUGUACGUGCAGCUCAACCGGUCUGGGCGGUGUGCACCGCUCUGCGAGGCGGACAUAAUGUUCGAACAGAACGAGAAACACUUUGCCGAGGUGUGGCUGACGUCGUGGAGUGUGGCUGCACUGGGGACGGCAAUCGUCGCCACGCUCUGUCUCAUCCUGUCGACCAAGCGGUGGGACAAGAGCCUGAUGCCGCUCGUCAUCAGCCACUGUCUGGUGACGGUCGGGUGGGCCGUUCGGUGGCUCGCUGGGCGUAAUGCUACGGCCUGCGGGUACGAUCCGCAACUGCCGGGCGUUGCGCUGCUGCUAACGGACGGCCUGUCGACGGCACCGUGUGCGGCCACGUUCCUGCUGCGGUACUACUUCGGCCUGUCGGCAGCUGUUUGGUGGGCGAUCCUCUGUUUGCGUUGGAGCAAAUCGGUCCGCCGGCUGCUCGGCACCGACCUUACCUCGCCCGCCGAUCUGCACGCGGAAAAGCCAAACUCGUCCCACGACACGCUGUUCCAGCUGGCGGCCUGGGGCAUACCGGCGGUCCUCACCGUGAUCGUGCUGGUGGCCCGGCUCGUCGACGCAGAUGAACUUUUCGGAUCCUGUUUCAUCGGAAACCAAUCCGACAAAGCGCUGCUAACGUUCGUGAUCGUGCCGCUGCUGUCGAGCUGGGUCAUCGGGUCGGGCUACCUGUUCACCGCCUACCUUCGCAAACGGUCGGCCGCCCCACCGCUCGUCCACAACCUGCCAGUGCACAUACACGGUAUGGGCAAGUUCCUGUUCAUCUACGCCGUCCCGAGUGCGGCCCUGCUGAUGCUGAUGUUCUACGAGUACGCCUGCCGGGAGAACUGGCUCCAUCUGCCGCACCCGUCCCUCGACUCACCUCUCCAUCCCUCCCGGGCCCCACUGUGGCCCUUUUUGCUGCGUGCCUUUAUCGAGCUGCUGGUCGGUGUGCUGGCGUCCGCCUGGGCCGUCGGGCCACGGAUCGUUGGUCUGUGUCGGGGGCGUGAUGGCACCGGUGGGGGUGGCGUUGGCGGUGGCAUGGGUGUUGGGGGACGGGGCGGUGGCGUCGGAAAGCUUUCGGCCGGUUCCGUGUACAAGCAGCCGGUCGGCGGGCUGCCCAAGCUGGGUGGCUUUGCGGGCGGCGCACCGUCCACCUACUCGACCGCCUCCUACCAGACGGUUUGUCCGCAGAACUCGCUCGUGGCGGUGUCGAUCGGGAAGCUGCCCUCGGUACGGCACGCCCGGAAGUAUCCGUCUCACUCGCACAUCAACCGGAAGCCGCGCAGCUACAAGAUGUCGACGCAAACGAUCAGUCUGACGGGCAACGAGACGGUCCUGUGAGAGCGGGCGAGCGAGUGACGGGAGUGUGCAGGAGUGUGUGCCAGCAGGCACGACAAGUUGUGAUAUUAAUGUUAAACUAUUAAAUUAUUGCAAGAAGAACGUCCAUCGCCGUUCGGGAAGGGCUUGAAGUGGCUUUUUGGGUGUUGAAGCGAAUAACUAUAGGAACAUCAAGUUGUAUAAAAAGAGAAGAAACAUAGCAGUGGAAAUUUUAGAAUUUACAAAAAAAAAACGUCUACUUGAAGAUACUUUAAAACAGCAACAAAUAGUGUAAAAAGUGUAGAUUACAUAAAGCAAAGUCGUACGAUCAAGUGGAGAAGAGGAGCGUUCGUUAGCGAAAUGAGAAACGCUUGCCCGUUUUGUCUGUUAAUUUUCUUAAGUCCGCUGAUAAAUAGCAUGCAGUUAAGCAGUUGAGAAGAUAAAAAAUAGAAGGAGAAAGUCAGUCAGGAAGCGAUCACACAGUACGAUCAUGUAACACAUCCUCGUUUUACCCCGCUUUUUUGUUAAAAAUCCCAUCUCACUCCUUAAACCCCUAAAGGUAUGCAAAUGCAAUUUGCUCGCCCUGUUUCGCUUGUGGUAUUUAUACAACACACAAUUAAAUGGCAAAAGAAACGAAACGAAACGAUCUCUUUAGGGCUCCCCGCUCAGCUAAGGGUUAAUUGUUUGCGGUCGGGUCCUGUUUUAUAACCAAGGAAUGUUGUAAACUGUGGCCAUCUUCCACCAAACAACUGCGCCUCGUUUCGGUUAAUGGUUCGCCAAAAUAUGAUGCCCGGGGGAAAUGUGGCCGCCGCCGACGACGCCAGGCAAAAUGCAAAACAAGUUUUUCGUGUUCGUCCCCGGCCUAUACGCUUUCCACCUUCCCCGUUUGCUUUCCCCGACGCUCAAAUUGGAAACAAGUGAAGGCGAUAACAAUUUAGCCGAAUGCGGCGUCUACAUCGUCGAUCAUUUGAUGAUCGUUCCGGUUGUUGUUGCACUUUGUCUUGUUUUUUGUUUAAAAAAAGCAACCCUUAUGCCCGCAUGUUUGGGGUGGUUGCUCCACUGCUGCUGCUGUUGACGAUGAUGACGGUGGCGAUGAUGAUUCUGUUGCAAAAAUGCAAUCGCUUUUUGAUUGGAUUUUUUCCCCACUUAUGUUACGUACGAUCGGUUUUGGUUCUCUUUUCGUUUGGCCACUUUUUCUUUCUCCCGCUUCUCUUUAACGUUUGGAAAUUUAUGCUGUAUGCCUCUCGUGUGCUGCACGUACGUGUGCAGUUGCACUUCACUUGCGCCUCACACACAAAAAAAAUGGAAAAGAAUCUACAAUCUGGCAUGUGUGAGUGUGUGCUGAUUUGAGGUGUUUUUACUUUGGCUUGUUCAUCGACAGGCAAGUGGAAGGAAGAGAAAGGGGGGAGGAAAGAAACGCAUUAAAAAACGAGAAGCCAUUUGUUUUUGGUGGAAGCAAUUCGAUCACCGGCCACGGUGACGGUAACAUGAUCGUGAAAACCGUUCUUUACGAGGUGCUGAAGUGUGGUGAAGCCGUUAUAGCUGCCACAGCCCAGGCUCGUUGGGUUUUUUUUCUUUGGGUUCGAUUUUUCGGGUUUCCUUUUUGGGCUUCUCAGUGGUGGGGGGUAGAAACGUUUAGCGUUUCGUAAAAACGGCCCCCUUCCCGCUCCAGCUCCUGCUGCUAAAGAGUGAAAGAGAUUGCAAAAAAGCGCACACACCCCAAGAGUGUUAAAACAACAGAUUGCAUUUGGCACGCAGGAACAGGAAAUGCAAACGUGUGAAAGUGUGCUUAAGGCGUGUAUGGUUGUGUGAGUGCACAUGGGUGCAUGGAAAACGGGGCAGAGGGUAAGCAAAGUGUGCAAAAUCAAUUUGCGAUGGUCAUUUUCGAUAUCGUAAAGCCGUCGAUAAUGUGUGGCUAUGAGCAUAAGAGGGGAGUUUUUUUUCUUUUGAAAUACAAAAUUUACUUAAAAUGAGCUGAAGCAAUCGGCAAGCAUCAACAAAAAGUGCACCAUAAAAUAGAGGAACGAGUCGGUUAUCCGGUGUUGCGAUGACGCUUAAUAAGCAGGGCGAGAGAGAUCUUAACAAGCGAGUGCAAUAAGCAAGGGUGAUUGUGUAGGAAUUGGAUCUCUAUUUUAUGGUGGAGAUCGGAAAGUAAACUGCUCAGGAAUUAUGAUCACAGACAGGAACAGGGCAGAGGUUUCUCAUUUCGAUAAAUUGCGGAAAAAGGGCAAACAAAAAACGCCCAUGUAAAGUUGUCGUCUCGUAACGAGAUUUGAAGUACAUUUAGUAGCGAUUAGCGAUUGAAUCUGAAGUAGCCUUCCCUUUCGCUUGAUUGUUUGUCGUGGUAGUGUGUAAGGCUUAUACCGUGCUGUCUGUGUGCCGACCGACGGGACAACAGCCACUCGGUGUCCUGUGCCAUUUGCGAAUUUAUUUGCGGUUUUGUAUUAAAACAAAAAUAAGCUUUUAGUACACUCGCGGUGUACUACGUUUUAAGCUAUGCUUCAGCUCAAAUGCAGCUGCUUGCUGUCUUCCAAGCAGGAACUCGUGCCUGAGGCAGCAGUUGAGUAGGAGAGUUCGGAAAGGGGGAAAAUGUCGAAAACAGUACUGAAUUUAACGUUAAUCAAAAGCUGCUUGUAGGUGUAGAGAGUGUGCAAACAAAUACUGUACUUUGUGCCUGUUUAAAAUCCCCCUUCCCAUUCGUUUAGCAAUGUAGUGUUCGCAAUCAAACUAAUUUGUGGAUAAGUGCUUGGUAGCUUGUACGGAAAUGUAUUUGUGUAUGUAAAAAAUGGCUUAAGAAACUUACUAGUUAAAUAAAAAGUCUAUCAAAAAUUAAAA